GUGAGCCAUAAAUCUGGCGGCUGUCCUCAAUAAAAAUAGACAUUUUUUUCAACUGGCCAACUGGGCGAUAUUUUCAUUCUCUGACAGCGUGGCACAAACUAAACAUAUCACAAAAUAAAAGAAAAACAAUAAAACGAGACUCUUGCCACAUUUCAUUCGGAAAAUGAGAAUGAAAAGCGUAAUUGAGUUUUCGCUUACAAUCAAAAUAAAAUUCAAAUAAUAUAAAAAGUGUCGCAAAAAAAGGCGAUUGGAAAAGUGCGCGCAAUUGAAUUAUUGAUAAAGCCAAUUAAAUUAUAAACUAAUUAAGUCGUCUGCAAUAAAAUAUAAAUAAAGUAAAAUAGAAGGCGAAAACAUGUUUGGCUGCAUUUAUCAGCUAUGGGACUGGUUGGAGGCGCCACCGCUCUUCACGGCCGGCACCAUGGACGCCAAGAAGCUGCAACAGCUGCAGGCGGCAACGGCAGCACAGCAUCAGCAGAAGAAACUGCCGCUGGCCUAUCAAACGAACCUGAUUGACUAUCGCACGGCAACACAUUCGCCCGCCGGCUAUCAUCUGGCCACGCAGGCGCUCUACCAGCAAUCUCCCACGGCCACCUCGUCCAGCGGCGGUCCACUCUCGCCCAUCGAUAUGCAGCCGCAGGCGAAGCACGGCCUGCUCAAGCAUACGCAUGCCGGCAACUCGAGCAGCUCGCACAGCUCACCCUAUCAUCAGUCAUAUUCGAGCGGAGGAGGGGAGCAACUGUAUCAAUCGCCCACGGAGCGCACAUAUCUGGCAGCUGCCGGCCGACUGCAGGCGAGCAAUGCGACAGCGGGCCAACAUCCAAUAUCGGCGCUGCAGGCGCAAUACCAACAGCUGCAGCAGGCCAAGAUGCAGGCACAGCUUGCGACGCAGAGCGAGGCGGCGCAGCAGCAGCAGCGCACAUUCGCCAUGCGGCAGGCCAUGAAUCCGCCCACGGGCCACUACCACAUGAGUCAAUCCGCCAGCAUGGCCUCCAACAUGACGCUCCAGCAGCAGCAACAGCAGCAGCAGCAGCAGCAACAGCAGCAGCAGCGGGCGCCACCUUCCACGCUGAAUCUGGCCAAUCAAUAUCAGGCUGCCUCGGGCCCCUUGAAGCUGCAACAGCAGCAGCAGCAACAGCAGCAGCUGCCCAAGCACUACCAGGAGCAGCUCUAUGCCCAGCAGCAGCAACAGUUGCAGCUGCAGCUGCAGCAGCAACAACAGCUGCAGCAACAAUUGCAGCAGCAGCAGCAAUUGCAGCAGCAGCAGCGUCACAAGCCGGAGCAGCAGACGCCUGGCAGCGAGCACGGACCCGUCUAUAUACAACAGAAUCAUCCCGGUCAUGUGGUCAAUCAGGCCUGCCAGACACAAAUCUCGAGCGUCACGCGGCCGAAGCCGACGCCCAGCUCGGAGGAGUCCUCAUCGGCGUCCACGCGCAGUCCCACCCAUGCGCCGCUCGAUCGCAAGAAGAGCAUCGGCUCGAUGCAGGCGCUCAAGUCGCCCAUCACGAAGCGUCCGCCCACCACGCCCGUCACGCUCUCCGGCUGGCUGCACAAGCAGGGCUCCGACGGGCUCAAAGUGUGGCGCAAGCGUUGGUUCGUCCUCGCGGAAUAUUGUCUGUACUAUUACAAGGGGCCGGAGGAGGAGAAGCUGCUGGGCUCGGUGCUGUUGCCGUCGUAUCGCGUGGCCGCCUGCCUGCCGGAGGACAAGAUCUAUCGCAAGUUCGCCUUCAAGUGCGAGCACCAGAAUAUGCGCACCUAUUGGCUCGCCGCCGACAGCGCCGAUGCGAUGAUGCAGUGGGUCCGCGCCCUGGCAGCGGCCAGUCUGAUGCAGGCGCCCAGCAGCGGCGAAUCGGAGCCGAGCGUCAGCUCCUCGCUGAAUCACAGCGGCGAGAACUCCGACUCGGGCAUACACACGCUCCAGUCGCAGCCCGGCAAGGGUCAGGGUCAGGUGACGCCCGCCUCGGACAAUCCGGGCGCGGGCGCAGGCGGAGCUCAGCCUUUGUAUGCGAAUGCGCCGCCGAAGCCGCGACGCAUCAACGACGGCGGCUACUCCUCGCCAUCGCCCGAGCACAACGAGCAGCAGCCGCUGCCACCUAGUCGCCGCAUCCUCUCGCCCGGCACACAGCAGCAGCAGCAGCAGCUGUACCAGCAAAGAUCUCAGCAGCCGCCGCAGCAGCCGCAGGCGCAGCAGCAUCAUGCCAUCUAUGAUACACGGACGGGCCAUGUGUCGACGGCGCUGCAGCUGCAGCAGGCGCAGCAGCAGUACUCGCUGGAUCAUCUGGAGGCGCAGUUCCAGCAGCAGCAUCUCGACAUGGAGGAGCAGAUCGCGCGCCUGCAGCAGCAGCGCGCCGUCGAGGAGAUCUACGGCGAACGGGAUCUCUACAUGGCCAAGCUCAUGCAGCGCGGCUACCCGACUCAGCAGCAACAGCAGCAGCAGCAGCUCCAACAGCUCCAGCUCCAGGCGGAGCGACGCACACCGGACGCCUACGGUCGAUCCAAGCAGCAGCGUAUGUUUGCCGCUGCCGCCGCCGCCGCAGCUGCCGCGGACUACGAGGAUAUCUACAAUAUGUCGCAGCUGGCGGGCGCCGGCGGCGGCGCACUCAGCGCCCACGAGGCGCUCCUCCAGGAGGCGGCCAGCUAUAGGCGGCCACUCAGCCCGCCCAGCUAUGAUGGCAGCAAGCAUGUACCCGCCAUGCCCCAACGCUAUACGCCCAAUCACUUGGAGCCCGCGGCCGCCGAUCAGCUAAUCAAUAACAUGGACUUGCGUGCACGGUCCGCGUCGGCGAUUGUGCGUCCGCAUUCCGCCGACUUUCUGGAGUACGAGGCGCGUGCCGAGGCGGCUGCCGCUGCCGCCGCCGCCGCCGCCGUGGCGCACAGCAAACAGGAGGCGGGCGGACGAGCGCCGCGACCCAAAUCCAGUUUGGACAUCAAUCGCACGCCGGACAGCUUCUACUACUCGGAGGCCAGCUAUGCGGAGAAGAUGCGCAAGAGCGCGUUGUAUCUGCAGAGCGGAGGCGGAGGUGGAGGCGGAGGCGGAGGCGCCCAGCCACAGCAGGCGGGCAGCUAUCGCACGGCCGAAUUUGGCAGCGGCAUGCACACGAUUGGCUAUGAGAAUCCCUAUGAGCGCGCCCAUCAGCGCCAGGAGCUGCUGGCCGAGGCGCAGGCGGCGCAGAGCAGCGCCGCGUGCAGCAUGCCGCGGAUGAGUCGCUCGGCCAGCCAGGGCGCCGGCGGCGGUGCCGCAGCGCGUUCGGUCUCCUCGCACGCACAGCAGCAGCAGCAGCAGGAUGUGGACUUGCCGCCACUUAACGUGCAUCCGGGCAGCAUAUUCCCGCCGUCGAUGUCCACGCAGGAGAUCAUCAGCAAGAACGAACAGUUUCUGCGCUCGGCCAGCGCACGGCUGCCCAAGCGCAACGGCGGCCUGGACGAUGAUUAUUCGACGGCCAACAAUUCGCUGGCCACAUCGCCGACGUCGGGCGCCGGGGGGCCAUCGCCGCCGAAUCCGCUCGAUGGCGAACGCAAGCGCGAGGAGUCCAUGAAGCGUCUACUGGAAUGGAAACAGCGCAUGCUGCAGUCACCGCUGACACGCAAGGGCGUCCAGCAGGGCGGCAGCAAUAUGUCGGCCAUGUCCAAGCUGGGCAGCAAUCCGAACAUCCUGCUCGCCUCCACGGCCGUGGCCAGCGGUGCACGCUACGCUCCGCAUGCCGGCAAAACCGGACUCGUUGGCAAUUCUGGACCAGCUGCCGCAGGAGCCACAAAUUCCAAUCCUGCCGCAGCCGGCGGCAGCAACUCGGCGGGCAUUCAGCGCUCCAGAUCGGAAACGCACGCGAAUAUGGGUCCCGGCGGUGUCUACAACAGCUACUCCUCGGAUGACGAGGAUAAAGAAAACGCACAAAGCGCAGCUGGGCCUGGGCUGGAUGAUAACAUAAGUGUGACGGCAGGAAGGUCGACAGCAACAACAACAACAACAACAACAACAACUAGCACACAAAACACAACAACAACAACAGCAGCAACAAUGACAACAAUAACAAUAGCAGAGACAACAGCAACAACAACAACAACAAUUAGUCUUAGCUCAAAUUUAAGCAGUUUGACAACAGCAACAACAACAGGAGGAAAGGAUGCGGGCAGCCCGUCCUUCCAGCUGAAGCCCAUAUUGAAGGUGCACGAGGCCAGCCGCACGCCCAUUAUUCAGGUGCAGCCCAGCGCGGGGCAGCAGCCGCCCCUCCGGCCCAAGCUGAAGCUGCAGCUGCAGCCGGCGGUGCCCAUUUUACCCAAAAAGCAGGCACCUAAAUCCCCACAGAAUGUGAACUAUGUGCCCGUGUACAGCAACAAGCUGGCCAUCAACGAUGCCGAGGAGACGCCCAUGUUGAUGCAACUGAAGCUGUACAAGGAGCAGCAAGAGCAGCAGCAGCAGCAGCAGCAACAACAACAGUCGGAGAGGACGCCAGGUGAGGCGGCAGCUGAACAGGAGCAGGAGGAGGAAAAAGAGCUGGAGGAGGAGGUAGAGGAGAUAGAGCAGGAGGAGGAGGAGGAUGAGAGCACCGCCUGCGAGGAGUACACAGAUGAUGACAUAGAUGAGGCGCUGGCACAAGACGACGACGACAACGAGGAGGAGGAGGAGGAGGAUAAUGUGGAGGAGGCGCCUCUUCCUGUGCCGCAGCAGCUGUAUGUAAAUGAGACCGUAUCCGCGACAGAUCAGGCAUUGGACGAGAGUCACUAUCUGCCGAUGACGCCCAAAAAGGUGGAGCUGGGCCAGCCGGGCACGCUCAGUCUGGUGGCCAUGCACGCCGAGGAGGAGGAGACGGCGGCGGAGGAACAGGAGAACCAUUACGUCGAGAUGACCAAGAACCUGCACGACGAGGACAACAGAAGCAACUACGAGAUCAUGUGCAUAGCCAGCCAGAUGACAAGCACGAGCACGAGCAACAGCAGAGUCCACACGGAGCCCGUCUACAUGGAGUUGGCGGGCGCAGCCCCAGUCGCUGCUGGCGAGGAGGCGCACUGCUCCUCGGGCCGUUCCACGCUGAAGAAGAAAAGCAAAAAGUGUACGAAAAAACGUCAGGGCAAAGAUAUGCCGGACAUACUGAAGCCGACCAAGAGCAGCCUGGCGGCCAGCGACAGCUCCGAUGCGGACGACGAGAGCAGCAAACAGCAGCUGGAGGCCAAGAGAUUGCGCUCCCGGACACGCUUCAGCCUGUCGGACACGUUCCGUCCGGCGUCGUAUUAUUUGGGCGCGUCGACGCCGCUGAACAACUAUGCGGAGAGCUCGGACAGCGAGAUAUUGCCGCCGCCGCCGAUACCCGACUCGCCGCCGCCCAUGGAGGAGCUGAAAACGGAGGAGAUCUUCUCGUCGGAGCACUACGAUACGGUGCGCCGGCGCGACAGCAAGGUGCAUCUGUCCUACGAGCAGCUGCCCAAGAUGCAUGCCAGCAACAGUUCGCUGAAUUUGCCCAAAACCGAGCCGAGCACCGUGCUCAAGAGCAGCCGCCUCUCGCUGCCGGAUCACUUUGCCAAGAUGCGCGGCACUCCGGAGCAGCAGCAGCAGCAGCAGCGCCGGGCUACGGCCCGGGCAGCCGGCACGGGCCAGGUGCUGCUCCAGCAGCAGCACGCACGCACCUUAUCCGACUCCAACUACAGCUGGCAGACGGAGAAGAGCUGCUCCUCGCGCACCUCCUCCUCCGACCUGGAGCUCUAUCGCAAGCUCCAGCUGCAGCCGGUUGGCGACAGCAGCGAGUCGAGCGAAUCUGUGGAGUUUCGCCAGCGCUCCGACUCGGAGCUGGAGCGGCAGCGUUCGCGUCGUCCGCUCUCGCAGGAAUCGAUCAGCGAAAUCGAAUCGAUGAGCGAACACUUCGAGGAGACGCUCAGCAGCCACGAGCUGGACACGUAUCUCAGUCAUUUGCAGGGCAGCGAUCUGUUGCCCAGCCGUGCAGCUGGCGCCGAUCUGCUGAUCAAGCCGCCGAAAACCUUUCGCAAUGCCGAGGGCGAUGAGCAGCAUUUCUAUGGCAAUAUACACUUUCUAUCCUCGACGGACUCCAUACAGCAGCUGGUCAGCAGCAACAGCAGCGUCUCGGCCGCCGCCGCCGCCGCCUGCCUCACCCCGCUGCACAGUCGCAACAAUAGCAAUAUAUCAACGCAAUCGGCGCCGUAUUAUUAUUCCGAGCUGCCGGCGACGACGCCGGCGGCGCAGCUGAACAAUCAACGGGAGAUACACGCACAUGGGCUGAAUAUAGCGCACAUCCAUAAUCCGAUCGACAGGCGGCAGUUCGUGGAUGUGGACGCGCUGGUGGACAAGGAUCAGGCGAUCGAUAGCAAGAAUCUGUAUAGUGUCAAAGCGAACGUUGAGAAGCUCAGCUACAGCUGCAAUAAGAAUCUGAAGGCGGGGCAACAGCUCAAGCUGAACAACAUGCAGCUGGGCCAGCUGGCGGAGCAAGUGCCUCCAGCUGCAUGCGGCGAUGGUCACUCAUUAAACCCAAAUCAUUCACAUUUUACAAAUACUAAAAACACAAAUCUCGCUCCUAAACUGACUGGUGGUAGCCUGUUGGAUGAGGCCGAGGCCGAAGCGGAGGCCGAGGUUCUGGUUGUGGGCGUAGCUGAACUUGACCUGGAGCUGGAGCUAGAGCUAGAGAAAAGCAGCAGCACAACCACAAAUAACGCGAAUCAACUCUCAGUUCUAGGUGGCGAGCUGCUCUGGGAGGAGGAUGCACUGUGGCGCGAGAGUCUGCGUCGCGUCUCGCAGCGACACGCGCGCUCCUUGGACGAUCUGGAUCGCAUUGCGGCGGCGGCGACGGCCUCCGUGCCCAUACCGACGCCAGCGCCCAUGACCACGCCCACUAGCCAGGCGCACAAAACAAAGCUCAGCCGCGAGGUGACCUACGUGAACGAUAACCACAAGCCGCCGCCGCGUCUGCUGCAGGCAACGCUGCCGCAGGAAUCCGAUGAGCACGAUGUCUAUGUGCAGCUGCUGGCGCACAGCUCGGCCGGGGAUGCGGAUCUUUAUGAGGUGCUGCGCGAGGAGACGGGCUCCAAUUUGUCGCACAAGUCCAACGAGCUGGAUCGCGAGACCAUACGCCAAUGGGACGCCAUGUCCAGUGGCCUGCUCAAGAGCAGCAAUAAUCCAGAGACCAUGCCCACCAGAACGCCGGCCGCCUCCAGUGGGCCCAUGCUGCCGCUGACUAGCAAUGUGCGCUCCAUUAUCCAGCAGCUAAACGGAGGCAGUGAAGCCAAUAGCGAUGCCAAUGGGAAUGCCAUUGUUACAGCCUCGAUUUCGGUGCGCAAUGUCAACAAUUUGCCCAAGGUCAACCUGACGGUCAAGCCGGAACCCUCGGAUGCGCUGCAGCAGCAGCAACAGCAGCAGCAACAGGAGUCGGCGUUCGCCCACUAUGAUCCCUACUAUGGCAACGGCACGGAAACCAAAUAUGCCAAGGCCACACAGCUGACAGAUCGCGCUCCUUAUGGCCGCACAGUCGGCAUGGCCACAUCGACGCCACACCAGCAACAACAACAACAACAACAACAGCAACAACAACAAUUGCCGUUUGCCAUGCGACGUGCCGGCAGCCGAGCUGAAAUUGAUAUGCUCGAGCGUGAGACGAGCUCACAGAUAAGGAAUCGACUACGCGGCGCCGAGGGCCUCACACGAGCGGAGAGCAUUCAGCGCUUGGAUUAUCUGAAGCAGCAUUUGCUGGACCUGGAGCGGCAGUAUGAGAAGAGCAAGCCGCUGGUCAAUCUGGUGGACAACAUGGUCAAGCUGGGCUCGCUCUAUCGCAACGAUGCCAAUGGCCGCGCCCAGCCGGCGACACUGGAUCGCCUCGAGUUCAAUCAGCGCAUGCAGGAGCGCCAAAUGCUGCAGGAGGAGCAGAAGCAAUGGGAGCGCCUCAGUCCCAAUCAGGCCGAGCUGCAGGCCAAGGUGCGUGAGCUCUAUCAGCUGGAUCAGCUGCUGCAGGAGGAGUCGGGCAUAUUGCAGAGCCUGCAGCGUGACAAGGAGGAUCUGGAGCGGGCUCUCGGCGGUCUGCGGGCGCGCAUACAUGACAACAAUGCCACGCCCAUGGCGCUGGAGGCGGCCAAAAAGCAACAGCACAUACUGGAGCGCGAGCUGUCCCGCGUGCAUCAGCUGCUCGCCGAGAACUCAAAGAAACUGGAGCAGACGGUGGCGGGCAAUGCGCGUCUGGAGCAGGAGCUGCUGACGCUGCGGCAGAAGGUGCAGGCGACGCGCUCGAAUGGCGCCGGCAACGAUGCCAGCCAGCUGAACGGCAACCAGACGGCGGCGGUGCUGCAGUCGGAGCUGGAGCGAGUCCAGUCUCUGGUCGGGGACAUGCAGCGGCAGCGCCACGAGCUGAGCUCCGCGGUGCGUCAGUUGACGGAGAACUCGACGCGCCUGUACCAGGAAAUUGGCAACAAGGAGCUGAGCCCGCCCUCGAACGGCAGCCUGAAGAAGCGCAGCAACUCGACCAGCUGGACCGAAACCGAUCUGGAUGCCAAUAUGCUGCACAAUGGCAGCCAGCAGCAUCUAAAUGAUUCCACACUAAAUCUGUCCACGCCCCUCUACGUGGACACGAACAGCUCCGGCAAGCUGGCCGACUACAGUCGCUACAAUGGCAGCAGCAGCGAUGCCCUCGAGAUGAGCGGCGUCGAUAGCGACGGCUUUCUGGACAGCAACCCGUUUGCCAAUCUGAGCAAUCUCGAGAAGCAGGAGAUCAAAACGGUGCGCAUUGUCAAGCGCGAAUCGGAGCGACGGCAUCGCGAUCGCAGCGAGCGCGGCCUGAGCAAUUCCAUACAGAAUCUCGACCAGGUGCUCGAGGAGGAGCACUACGCUCAGCAGAUGCAACAGCAGCAGCAGCAGCAGCUCCUCGAGGAGCAAAUGAGCAACGGGCAUCACAGCCGCUCCAAGUCGCUGCCAAGGAAUUACAGCGAGCCGCCAAAGCCCCGGCACAGCCGGCACCUGAAUGGCAAACAGAAUGGACACCAUUUCAAUGGUGGCUCCGACUACGAUCGGAACAGCAACUACGAGCAUCAGGCGCCGCCGCCGCCAGCUCCACAGAGCAAUGGCCAUCAUCAUCAUCAGCAGCAGCGGGAGCAGCAGCAGCGGGAGCGGGAGCAUCUGAAUCCUUUGGCCAAUGCCUACUUUGCCAAGCAGCUGCAGCAGCAGACGCAUCCGGGCAGGGACAGCGCACGGGUGGCUCUGCGCACCAAGACCGAUUCCCUGCAGAGCCUCAACAAGAGCUUGACGGACAUUAGCCCGGAGCCGGUAUUCCAGAGCGUCGCCGCUCGGCAGAUCAUCAACGAAAUGUCCGCCGGCUCGGCGUCGGAGGAUACCGAAAAGAUUGUCGAGCGCGUGCCGCCGCCGCACAAGCAUCGACGCGCUGUGCCGCGCGAGAAGCGGAGGCACUACACGGCGCCCAACAAUGUCAACCAGAAGGCCAUGGAGAAGGUGCAGGCCGAGAACGACAUGAAUCGCAAUAACACCAACUGGCGUGCCCGCGAUGAUCUGGACAUGGAGGUGGCGCUGCGUCCGCGCAUCAAUGCGCCCGAUGUGGUCCGCUCCGCGCUCGGCCAGGGCGAGAAGAUCUCCGAGAAUACCAUUGACAAUUUGCUAUUGGCGCCCAACAAGAUAGUCAUACCCGAGCGUUACAUACCAGAGACAACGCCCGAACUGUCGCCGGAGGAGAAGAAGCGUCGCCAGGAGAAGGUCGAAUCCAUUAAAAAAAUGCUCUCUGAAGCGCCCAUAAGCAGCAAUGAGAACGAGACGCUGCCUGCCAGCAAGAUCAACGCGGAGAAGAAGCAGCGCGAGCAUUUACUGCAGCUAAAUCAAAUAUUGGCCCAACAAGUCAUGCAAGUCAGCAAAAUUGUUGCCGGCAAUCCCACUAGUCACAACUAACUCAAUUGUAGCUUGUCGUGUUGUUUAUGUUUUUGUUUUUGUUUCUAUUUUAAUGUUCACAUUUUUUUGUUAUUUGUUUGAGUUGUCAAAUGGGCCACGAAUUGUUGACCAGGUUCAAAUGUGUCUUAUGUAAACCAAGUUACAUAUGCAUAAACAAUAACAACAACAAUAACAACAACAACAACAACAACUGCAUACAUACAACAAACACAACAAAAUAUAAUAAAAAAAAACCAGCACAGCAAGAACUCACGCGACGUUGAGAUUAUCGCAUGCUAAGCUCACAAACAAACACAACAACAAACAAAAUCAGUUCAAUCACAAAAUACUAAACGACAACAACAACAACAACAACAAAGCAAUUGCAACAACAACAACAACAAGUACCAACAACAACAACAACAACAAGCACAAAGUUAAACAACAAUUAAACAAAUGCGUAAGUCAAGAGAAAGCCAUGUCGAAGACGGCCAAGGGGCAAUCGGGCCAGGACAGCGACGAGGAGCGACGCUCGGAGUCGCCAAGCGAACCACUGCCGUUAUAUCAGCAGCGCGACAAUUUUUACAGCUAAGCGCUAAAGGCCACCAAC